UCAUCAAAUCUAAAACCCUAAUUUUUCUCCGCGCGCUGAGAAAUCGAAGAUCGAGAGAAUGCACCGAAGCACUCGAUCUUUGCUCUCGAGAACCAUCUUCGAUUGCUUGUUCUCUCGAUCUCCAUCGAUUCCCAAGCCUCACGUUGCGGGAUUAACCCUAGUUUCUCCUCCUCGGCGAUGGCUCACCGCCGGUGGCGAGGCGGCGGAGUACGGGAAGGAGAUCGACGAGAUCAAUCUCAAGUUCGCCGAGGCACGGGAGGAGAUUGAGGCCGCCAUGGAGUCCAAAGAGACUGUGUAUUUCAAUGAAGAGGCUGAGUGUGCCCGCGAGGCUGCCAAUGCCGCCCUUGGUAUGUUCGAUGGGUUGCUCGCGAGGUUGCCGGAGACGGAGAGGGCGGCGUUGCAGCGAUCGAUGGGGCUUAAGAUGGAGCAGCUCAAGGCUGAGCUCAAGCAACUCGAUGACUAGUUUUUUCGAGAUUAAGAGAACAAACAUUCAAGUGAGACAACCUUGGGAAAAUAUGGAAAAAUAGCUCUCUUGUGCCUCCUUCAAACAGAGCAAAAUAAGUUUCAUAUUUAUUUCUUGGCCAUUUGAAUUGGUCAUCUUUCUGGUCAGGUAUAUGCAUUCAUGAUUUCCUGAACCAAAAGUUAAAUGAUAUGCCAGAAUUGCUGGCCAAUAAUUAUCAGGCCAACUGUUAUACACUAGUUCAUAUCUCUUCCAGUCUUUAUGUUUACUCUCUGGAUAUAUUUCCUCUUCAUUCAAUGAAAGCUUACAAAAUGCAAUGAGAUUUGAUUUAUCAUAA